AUGUUCAAGUUAGUUUCAUCAAUCAUUGAUAGCGUUUUCGGCAGAAAGCGACCCUUGGAUGUGGAUGAUGAAGACGAAAUCGCUGAGCAACAAAAGAAGCAAAAGCUCGAGAUGACUCACCGUAUCAAGGUCACCAAUUUGCCAGUAAGAGAACUUCCUGCCGUCAAAAAGUAUUUUAAAAAGUUGGGAUACAACCGCAUCAAGAAGGCACCUGAAUGGGAUUUUGGUUUCAUCACUGUGGAUUCUGAAGAGGAAGCUCAAAAAUGUCUUGAAGUAGUCAACAAUAGCACAUUCAAAAACCGUCAACUUGCGGGUGAAUACAUCACCGAAACCGUGCAAGAGCAUCGUGACAAGUUCAUGAGUGGCAACAGAGGAGGGAAGAAGGGAAAGAGAAACCAACCCAUAAUAGAUGACAAAGACGAUACCCGUACACCAGCUGAAAAGCUAGCAGAUCAAGUCACCCCUCUGUGGAGAGAGCCCUAUGAUGUGCAAUUAGUCAAGAAGAACCGCAAUGGUACAAAGCAAUUGAUGAACCUCAAGAGAAAGAUCCAGGGUCUCAAGGAUGUCCGUGAUGAGAGUCAACGUGCGUGGGCUUUUGAAAAGGGUUCCUUGCCUUGCGAAGUGCUCGACCCUAUUCCCUCUCCUGAGAUCAAUGGAUACCGCACCAAAUGUGAGUUCACUAUUGGUAAGAAUUUGGAUGGUGAGCCUACUGUUGGCUUCUUGCUGGGUCUGUACCGCGACGGUAUCACCAAUGUAUUGGAGCCUAGCGAAUGUUUGAAUGUAUCUGACACUGCUAAACAUAUUGCUCGAGUAUUUGGCGACUACGUUAGAAAGUCUGAUUUACCCGUGUACGAUCGUGUUGAAAAGACAGGCUGCUGGCGUACGCUUAUGACCAAGACUCAAAGUACUGGCGAUGUCUUGAUCUUGGUUCAACUGCGUGCUGCUGAUUUGACUCCUGAGCGUUUGGAGCAAGAGAAGAAGGAUUUGAUUCAUUUCUGGACUCAAGAGAGUGGCAUCAACGUUACUACCUUGAUCUUUCAAGUGUGGGAUGGCAACUCCAAUGGUAUCACUGACAAAGCCCCCAUGGAGACCUUGACUGGUGAUGGCUAUAUCUAUGAAAAUGUGCUUGGCUGUCGCUUCCGUCUCUCUGCAAGCGCCUUCUUCCAAGUUAACACACCUGCUGCUGAGUUGUUGUAUGCCAAGUGCGCAGAGUGGUGCAGCAUUGAUGCUAACAAAAAGACUACUUUGCUCGAUCUUUGCUGUGGCACUGGCACAAUUGGUAUCACCAUGGCCCGCUCUGUCGAUCGUGUCGUUGGCAUUGAGAUGGUGCCUGAAGCAAUUGUGGAUGCAAAAGCCAAUGCUAAAUUAAACAACAUUGAGAAUGUGACAUAUUAUGCAAAUAAGGUUGAGGAUAAGAUUGAUGUAGUGACAGGCGAAAAGAACGAGGAAGUCAUUGCAGUUUUGGAUCCACCUAGAAAUGGUGUCCAUGCUAGUGUGAUCCGUGCUGUUCGUGAUGCUGAACACAUUGAUCGUGUGGUCUAUAUCAGUUGUGAUGCCAAACAAGCUUUAGAUAAUUUUGUCACAUUAUGUCGCCCUCAAUCAAACCGCUUCAGAGGCAUGCCCUUCAAGCCUACUCGUGCCAUCUCUGUUGAUCUCUUCCCUCACACUGAUCACUGCGAAUUGAUGAUCGAAUUUGUUCGUCAAAAGCCUGCUCAAGACUCAUAA